GUUUAUAGCGGUAUUUUCAAAAUGGCGUCAAAUUCGGAGUCACCAACUCGAUCUCGGAGUAGACAUAAACAACAGAGGAAUGAAAACAUGGAAGUGGAAACAAACACCAAAGAGGAUGCCCUUGAGAGGAGUAUUGAAGAAAUCCGAUCUAAGAUGAAAGAAAAGAGACGGAAAAAAGUCCAGGCUGACCUCAGUCAUUCAAGGUCACGUCAUAAAAAUGCAAACCUUGUCUUGAAGGCCACUUUACGACAAAACAAUCGCACCCUCGCAAAAUCCCUGGAAGUAUCGCGUAAUGAGCAUCGCCAUGCACAAAAUGAUCUUGUGGAAUUACAGAGAGAACGCCAUAUGUUGCAAUCGAUCGUGAAUCGUUUCCAAGGCCAACACGACAAACAGAGGAGCCAAAUCAAGGGGGUACAUGAAGUCCUGAGGAAAGUGACCUGUAGCUUGAUGGACACAGUAGGUCUUCUGGGUCAAGCUAUGGACAUGUGUGUCAUCCCUCGUCAUACCAAAGAUAGAAGCCUAGGACUCAUCUUUAGGACGUCCUCCCUGACCUCAGACGACCUUUCAGAUUCAGAGACAAAAGAAGAAGGAGGAUCUGCAUCUGCCAAGACUUCUGCACCGAACCUAAGUAGCAUCCCUCGCAGGAUUCCAGCCAACAAAGACAUUUUAAAUCAGUCGACCGUCAAGAACAACCCUGAGGAAGAGAUUGAGGACUUGCCUGACAUUGAUGUUCCUCUCUGUUUCAUGUCUGAUAAGAAAGCUCCACAAGGAAAAGAGAGAACUCGUCGAGACACAAGGAAUAUAUCUGCAGAGAAUCAGAAAGUCUCAAGAAGGACCUCCUCCCUCCUGAAUCCUGCUACCAUGGCUGCCGUCGCAACAGAAAUUGAGAAAUCAGUAGAGAAUAUCCGUACAGUGUUGGAGGAGACAGGCGAUGAUGGAGAAGGUAGUGACAAGAAACAAGCUACAGUUUGCAUAGAUGACGAGGAGACUACACAGGAUAUCGAGAUGGAUGAAGUUGAAAGUGGUGAAGAGAGUCCUGACAGGAGGGUCACCAAGAAGAGAAGUGGGAGGCUUUCCCUGAGGAAAGAAUCAGUAGCUUCUGAACAUGGACAUGGCGAAGUAGAUGAGGAGACGGGAGAUGCAUCAAGCAUGAGUAAGGAUGAUGCUGGAAAGAGGAGGAGUGGAAGGCUUUCUAACAAAAGGAGAACCUACGUCUACCCCGAUGAUGAUGAUGAAGAUGAAAGCAAAGAAAAGGGUGACUGUAUGGAACUAGUUCCAGAGGAUGAAGAAAUAAUAGAAAGCAGUUCAGAUAUAAGAGGCUCUAGAGAGAGAAGCAGGAGACUGUCAAGGAGGAGGGGUACCUUUGUGAAAGAAGGUGAUGACUUGAAGACCUUUGGAACAGAGGAUGACUUGAUGGAGAUUGAAAUCCUUGAUGAUGAUGACGACGAGGCCAACGUUGGCUCCAAAGUGGGCAACCUAAACCAACAGGAAGAUAAUGUAGAAGAAGCAGAGGCUGAACUUCAGCAAAAGCAUAAGAGUGAUGCCAUUGAGCCUGAUGAAGGGCUACCGUUAUCAUUGCACAGCCAGGUGAGAAGACACGCAAGAAAAGCAAGAAGAAGAAAAAAGACAAAAACGCUAAGAAGAUCAACAAAGAAAAAAACAGAGAUCAUGUAUGUGAAAGUGCUGUUGAGGGUUUGAUGGUAACAGAUCAGCAUGCGGUGGUUGGUGAAUCAAAAGAUGACCAACAUGAAGAGAAAGUCCCACUGUGUACCCUCCCUGAUGAUAGAUGUGAGAGAGUUAAAGAUGGAAACAGUGCAGAAAAGUCUGAUUACAGGAUUGUGGACAUGGAGUUGACCACUGCUGCCGGUGGGCAUAUUUCGGUCAUCGAAGGAGCUGACUCCCAAACAAAAAGCAAUGAGAACAAUGUGACUGGGAGCACAGAAGGGUCUAAGGGGUCAAAGCUUGGUUCGCCCUCUGGUGAUGGUGAUACCAGCCAAAA